CUUGCCCAAGGUACCACGCAGUGGGACUGAACUCGGAACAAUGUGGCUGGUCCAACAUAAAUGAUAAAAUGGCUGCUAACUGGUUUCUGAGUUUGUUAAUAUGUCUAUUGAUAAGCAUCAACCUUCAUCUUUCAUUUUCGCAAGAUGGUGACUCGACUUCAUUUAUCUACAGCAACAGCUUUGCUCUCGAACUGAUUUCAACAAAACGAAACGUAACUGAUUUGGCAAAACAAUAUGGCUUCCAUCUGGGCUCAAAGCACGAUUAUUUGAACGUUUAUAGAUUGGUUCAUCCAGAUAUUCCCGUUUCAUCGAAAAGAAAAGCUCACAAAUUCCUUGAAAGACUCAAGCAAGAUGACAGGGUGAAAUACAUUUUACAACUUAAACAACUGCUUCGCCAUAAAAAAGGAUCAGCUACAUCUGCCGAUCAAGAAUUAUCUUCCAUGAGUAACUUCUCUGGUUACGAUGUACAUCACCAACAAGCACAAGCUAUGAAUUGGAGCCGGCCCAUAUUUACAGACCCAUAUUUUAUUGAUCAAUGGUAUUUGAAUAAUGCUGGUGAAAUCAGAGAGGACUCUCCUCUUAAUUUAAAUGUGAUCCCUCUGUGGGAGAAGAAUAUAACUGGAAGAGGAAUUCGUAUUUGUGUUCUUGAUGAUGGUUUAGACUAUACACACCCAGAUAUUGCCAGAAACUACGAUGCUGAAGCCAGUACGAACUUAAAUGGUAACUUUGGGGACUCAGAUCCCAUGCCUGAUAAUACAAACCCUAGAAAUAGUCACGGUACCCACUGUGCAGGAGUAGUGGCAGCAGAAGCGAACAAUAGUGUCUGUGGUGUUGGCGUAGCGUAUGAUGCCAAAAUAGGGGGUAUCCGGAUGCUUGAUGGUAUUAUCACAGACUUAUUGGAGGCAGAAGCUCUGUUAUUUAAACCAAACUAUAUUGACAUUUACAGUGCCUCUUGGGGUCCAGUUGAUGAUGGUAUAAGAAUGGAAGGUCCAGGCAAAUAUACAAAAUUGGCUCUUCAAAUGGGUGUUCAACAGGGUCGUAAUGGACUUGGAUCAAUCUAUAUAUGGUCUACAGGUAAUGGUGGUGCCAGAUAUGAUGAUUGCAAUGCUGAUGGUUAUGUUGGUAGUAUAGAAACUGUAGCAGUGGGCUCUAUAUCAGACAACGGCUUAAAACCUGAUUUCCUGGAAGAAUGUCCAUCAAUGUUUGUAGUAACACCAACAGGAAAUAAACCCUUUAAACCAUUCAAAAAAGGAAAUAAGGAAAGGAUACAAGUUGUAACAACAGGUUUACAUGGUAGCUGUGUGGAAAAUUUUGGAGGGACAUCAGCAGCAGCCCCACUUGCUGCCGGUUGUAUUGCUCUGGUUCUGCAGGCCAACUCCCUUUUGACUUGGCGGGAUAUACAGCAUAUAGUUGUACAUGGUGCUAGAAUUCCAUCAAUAAAUAAUACUUGGUUCAAGAAUGGAGCUGGCAUUCACUUCAGUAAUACUUUUGGCUUUGGUAUGAUGGACUGUAGUCACAUGGUAAAACUUGCACAAUCCUGGAAUAAUGUUCCUAUAGCCACAAGCCAUUCAUAUUUCAGUGAAGUCAUGAAAAGAAAAAUAUCACAUGCAGAACCAAUUUUUAUUAAUAUUUCCUGCAAUAUAGAAGGCGGCUCACUGAAAAUUAAUCAUUUGGAACAUGUUCAGCUGUACAUAAAACUCAAACAUUCUUGCCGUGGGGAGCUUCAAAUAUGUCUUAUCUCACCUUCUGGUACAAAAUCUCAAAUGCUUUCUCCAAGAAAACUUGAUUGUUCCAAAGAUGGCAUUGAUUUUUAUUUCCUUAGUGUUCACCAUUGGGAGGAAGAUCCAAAAGGCAAUUGGACACUACAGAUCUUUGAUACACAGAACAAUGAAAAUAAUGGCAUUUUGAUUAAAUGGGCUUUAAUUCUUCAUGGUUAUAUGAAAGAGAGGAAAUUAAAUACUUCUUCUACAAAGGAACUUGCACCUGAAGAAGUGAAAAUAAUUAUCAAAAAGGAAAAUUUAAUUUCAAUGUCACUAAAACUGUCUUCUCCAAAAUUAGAGGUGAAACAUAAUCCAAGACCAAUACAAAAAAUUGAUAAUCUCAGACGUUUUGUCAAUGAUAGGUUUGGUUCUCUAUUAGUUCCUCAAUUACAAAGGAAUCUUAGAAAUCCAUAUGUAAGUCCAAAAUCAAAUAAUUUGAUCAAAUAUCCUUUAAAAACCAACAAUAUUGAUUCUGCAAGAAAGUGGUAUUUCCGGUCAAAAUUCACUGGAUCUAAACUAGCUGGUGGAAGCAAUGCAAAAAUUAAAAAGAAUUCACUUCAUCAUAGACCUGCGCACUUACGUAGUUUUGAUAAUAUGACCAAAAUUUAUCCAAGUUGUAAUGUCAAACUACAUAGCCUGGGAAGGAACAAAGAAUGCAUACAUAUAAAUAAGAACAUUUCCAAUAAACUCAGCAAACUUCUAAUUAUAUUGACUGAUUCUAAGAUCCAUUCAAAAGCAAAACUUUCACAUUUGACAAACAAUAACCGUUCAAAUAUUUCUGUUAAAAACCUUGAAAAAUUUACAAAUUCAAGUAGAAAAAAUCAUACAUCACUAAAUUACUCAGUAAAAUAUAAAUUAACGGGUCGAUUUAUUGCUGAAAGGAUGUUCCAUCCAGCUGCAGUGCAAAGUAAACCUAAUGCUAUAGUCAUACAGUCAGAAUCGACUGAGCAAAAUCUACUGGGAAAUAUUAUUAAGAAAUUAGAGCAACUGAUACCUACUGAGGAUGAUAAACAUCUAUUUGUUUCAAAAUCUUCCACUUUAGGGAAGAAUUUAAAAGUGCUUACUGUGGAAGACACUAAAGUUCCAUACUCUAAUACAAAAGUUAAAAAAAAUGAUCUCAUGAAUGAGUUCCCCAUAAAAAAGGAACCAGUAUUUGAAGGGGAAUUAAAAAUACUUCAAAUCAAACAAAACGACACAUUGGAAUUAUAAGCUUUCGUAUGAUAAAAGUUGAA